GCCCCUCCCCUGGCCCACUUCCUUCUUUCGUUUCCCACCCUUAGUUCCCGCAGAGAGAUUUCCAGAAAGCGUAGCUCACAAAAUUCCUUCUAGGGGAGGGUCCUGGCUGCCCACAGCUCUGAGGACUGAAGGGGCGGUGGGCACUGUGGCUGCCUGAGAGGCUGUGGCAUUUCUGCAGUCGGGGCCGGUCUGCGCCUGAUCUGAAUGAGCCUGUCCUGAUCUCUCGCAGCCCCGGGUGGGUUGAGCAGAAGCAGCUCAGGGGCAGCGCCUAUGGAUUCCGGUUCCGAGGAGAAAGGGGCGGCCGUGGCCGUCCCCCCGCUGAAGCCCAGCGAGAAGUUCCACCUGUUCGUCAGCUACAGCAGCAUGGACGCCACGUGGACCCACGGGCUCAUCGGGCGCCUGGAGGCCGACCACGCGGGGCUGCGCGUCUGCCUGCACGAGCGGGACUUCACCCCGGGCAGGAACAUCCUGGAGAACAUGGCCGAGUGCAUCCACCAGAGCCAGAAGGUGCUGCUGGUGCUGAGCCAGGACUUUGUGCAGAGCAGGUGGUGCCUCCUCGAGGCCGACCUGUCCCUCUUCGGCUACUGCCUGGAGAGGAAGCCGGUCAUCCCCGUCCUGCUGCGGCCCUGCCAGGUCCCGCUGCACCUCAGCCACCUCACCUACCUGGAGGCCAGGGACAGCCGCUUCUACAGCAAGGUGGCGCAGCUGCUGUGCACGCCCAGCCACUGCAUGGCGCGCUCCCUGCCCGGCCCGCGCCCCGGCCCUUCUCUCUACAGCGGGAAGACCCUCCUGACCCUGAACUGUGUCAACAGGGACAGCCUGCCCUCGUGGAAGGUGGGGACCUUCAGCACCCUGAGCGUCCCGGACCCCUUGAAGGAGGUGUUGCCGGACCCCGAGGUGUACAAGCACGCGGUGGGCAUCCUGAACGGGGUGCAGUCCCCCAGGUCCUGCCUCCGCUAUCUGGGUUGCAGGAUCCCGCUCAGCAUCUUCCUCAUCCUUCUCUCCGUGAUCUCGAUGUUUUUACUUGUGAUAUUUGGGAUCCAGGAAAUUAUAACAGAUCAGGGAAAUCACAACACUGCCUUCCUGCUGAUCAGCGCCAUCGUGUUCCUCUGCCUCCUCCCCUUGGUCCUAGCGGUGAACAGUCUGUGCUGGUUCAGAAGGUUUUCCAGGCGGAAGAUGCGGGAGGUGGGCCUCCGGGUGGGGGAGGCCAACCUGCUGCUGGCGCCGCACUCGGUGCUGAUGGGCUGCGAGACCCUGAACCAGCUGUCCUUCGUGUUCGUGCAGCUGGAGGAGUGCCGGCGGACCUUCCUGCAGGCCCCCGAGGGCGACGGCGAGGCCCUGUUCCGGGAGGCCCUGCUGCGGUUCUCCUGCGCCUACGCGUGCUGCCUGGUGCAGGCGCACUUCCCGCACUGCGAGGCCGCCCCGGCCACCCAGGGCCACCUGGAGCCCGGCCUGUGCUUCUGCCAGUACGUCUCUGUGCAGCUGGAGAGGGGCUAGCCCCCGUGGAGGCAGGAGGGCCUGGUGGGGACAUCCAGCGCCCCUCGGCCGGCGCCGUGGCCGUGGCCACCGUGAGGCCUGCCUGGUGCACGGCCUCUCCCCACCGGUUAGCUGUGCCAAGCAGGGCAGCCUGCACUGCCUGCUCUGAGGGCAGAGGUGACUGCUGUCAACCCGCCAGGCCUGGGCCUGGUGUCCUGCUCUGUCCCGACAGAUUGGGGAGAGAGACUUUGGCCAGACUGCCUGAGAGGAGGCCAGGGAAGAAGUGUGUUCGCCUAGGACCCCACAGGGGCCCCCAGGACUGGCCCACCCCCCGGGGAGACAGGCACUGGCUCGCUCGGGAUGUCCGGUUAGUAUCCAGGGGCCAGAGCAGAUGCAGCUCCUCCAGGCACUGCCCCUUGUUCUGGGACACGGAGAUGGGGACAGGUCAACCCCUAUGGACUUGGAAACACACACACACACACCACACACAUACACACAAACACAAACACAGACACACACACACACACACACACAUAGAGAUACACACACAGACACA